AUGUCUUUCGGCAUCUCUCUCAGCGACGUUAUCACUCUCUCAGAGUUAGCGAAAGGGACAUACGAUGGGUGGAGAAAUGCCCCUGAUAAAUAUCGCAGUAUUGUCGGCGACCUUUAUAUGCUUCAAACUACUUUGGACAAGCUGAAUACUGUAGCUAGAGCACCCAAUUCACCUCUUAGAGAAGAUCAUAGCGGCAUGCGCCAGUGGAAGAAGUUGUCGAGUGGAUGCAAGUCUCUCCUCGCUGAGUUAGAUGAAAUUCAGAAGAAAUACUCGACGCUUAAGACGGACGACCACAAACAAACCUGGAAGCGAAUCAAGUUUGGCAGUAGCAAUCUGGAUUCCCUUCGCCAGCAACUCGUGAUCAAGACAGCAGGCCUGAAUGCAUAUCUCUCCGCGCUUGAAUUAAAUUCACUUGGCCGCAUCGAGCACGAAAUCUUCCCACAGAUGCUCAGCAGAUUGGACCAUUUGGCUGCACGAAGAAGAAAAUGGAACGAGUCUUCCUCUUCCCUUACAACAUAUAAUGACGAUGAUAAAGUAGUCUGGAAGAAAUUUCGGAGGGAUCUUUACAGCGCGGGCUUUAGGAGCGCAGAUAUCGAGAAGUUCGCCCCCAAGCUCAAGACCUUCCUUGGGCAACUUCAAAGUACUGAACCUCUAGACGGAGUUCCACGAGAAGACUCAUCAAGUCCUACAUCAAAGCGAUCGUCUAUCGUAGAUUCCGAGGCUCCCCAAAAAGGCCCCUCUACAGAUAUAUGGAUCCAGCUCGUCAAUGAGAAUCAAGACAUGGAAAAGACCCGCUCAAAUGGGAAAAAAGGAAAAGAGAGCAAAACAAGGCAAUAUUCUUUGCCAAAUAACUUCCCAGUCAAGCAUACUCCAGGACAUGAUAGUCAACAAAAGCACCACUCUACUACAGAGCAUAUGCAGAAUUCUAUGGGGAACAUGAGAUUUUCGAAUGGGCAGCCUCCAAUCAUCAGCAAGCAAACAAUUUCUGCUGGGAAUGAGGAUUGCUAUAACUUAUACUCAGCAUCAGGUCAAGGUAGAGUCGAGACGAUUAGAGCACUCUUGGCGAAUGGAGCUGAUAUCAAUAUUUCUCGAAAUGAUGGCGCAACCCCAUUACACGAGGCGGCAUUCAAUGGCCACUUCAAGACUGUCGAACUACUCCUUACGAAAGGAGCUAAUAUCACAGCUACAGAUGAAGAAGGGUGGACAGCACUGCAUUAUGCGUCUUAUGGAGGCCACGCUAAAGUUGUCAGACUUCUCUUAGCGAACGGUGCCGAGUUUGCAGUUACAGAAGAAGAAGGGUGGACACCUUUACAUUGUGCUUCACACCAAGGCCAUGUCAAGGUUGCUAUACUACUCAUUGAGAAGGGAGCCAAAGUGACAGCUACAGAUAAGUCCAUGCUGACGCCGCUAUUAAGAGCGACGUACAGAGAGCACUUCAAAUUGGCCGGAUUACUCAGGAAGGAAGUGGCGAAACUCUGA